CAAAGCUCGUCACUUUCUUAGCCCAUUUUUUUAAUGGACUAAAACCCCCCACCUUCUCCCAUUUCUUCUCUACUUGCAUUCACCAACAAAUUAAUAAACCAGCCAGCCCUGCCCCUCUCUCUCUUCUCUUCUACAGCAGCUACUUGUAUGUCCAGUAAUAAUAAGUAGCCAUCGUCUGCAAUCAUCAAAAAGAAUCAAGGCCUGCCUGCCUGCCUGCUGCAAUCAUGAAAAGUCGAUUACAAAUUAUUGAUGGAGAAGAGAAUUAUGACAACUCUACUCCUGAAAGCAGUUUAGGAUCUCCUACUUGCAGCGACGUGAUGAUGAUCAAUACUACCUCCAGGACUAGUAGUACUGCUCCCUCCCCUAAAAGAAGGAGAGGCGUACAGAAAAGAGUGGUGUCAGUGCCAAUCAAGGAGGUAGAAGCCUCAAGAUUGAAGGGAGAAACUCCUCCACCCUCUGAUUCUUGGGCCUGGAGAAAAUAUGGUCAGAAACCCAUCAAAGGCUCCCCAUACCCUAGGGGAUAUUAUAGGUGUAGUAGUUCAAAAGGCUGUCCAGCAAGAAAGCAAGUAGAAAGGAGCUCUGUGGAUCCCACCAUGCUAGUCGUUACCUACUCCUCCGACCACAACCACCCCUGGCCCCCUCCUUCUAGAAACCACCACAACUCCUCCGCCGUCAAUAAUAAGCCCACCAAACCCGGAAUAAUAGCAUCAUCAACUCCCUCGCCCGAGGACAAAUUCCCCGACCUCCCAGUGCUUAUGACACCAACCGACGAAUUCGCCUGGUUCGGGGAGAUGGAAACCACGUCGUCCACCAUCCUUGACAGCCCGGUUUUUGCGGAUAAGGGCAGCGCGGGGGAAUCCGACGUCGCAAUGCUAUUUCCGAUGGGAGAAGAGGAGGAUUCGUUGUUCGCCGAUCUCGGGGAGUUGCCGGAGUGCUCGAUGGUGUUUAGGCAUCGCGAUGUGGGGUCUCAGGUUGAGAUCUGCUGACACGUGUGCUCUCCUUAUACGAUGCCCGGGGUUUAUUGUAUUCAACGGGUGUGCGUAUCGUCCGCCCCAAGUAACGUAAAGCAAAUUUUUAAAUUUCUUUUUUUUUUUUUUACCCCUUCAAUUAUAAUCAUUUUAAAAUUAAAAAUGUUGAGUUUUUAGAUAUUAAAUUUUCUGAUAUUAUUUGUUAUUAGUUUCAAAAAUGUCAGGAAUCCUAGUAAAUGAGAUUUCAAUCAUCCCAAUAA